UUCUUUAUUCUAUGUGGCGCCCUCAUGGGCUCAGCCCGCCGAAACUGAAAAGUGCGUUUGGUUGGUUUGGUGUUGUCAGUUUGAAAAUGCACGACGUCGAAGUUUUUUGCAACAAGGUUGAGCAGGCCAGAACCAAGACAAGACAAAUAGCGCAGGAUUUCAAAGCUGCGCUGCGUAAACGCCAGUCAAUAGUGCUUGAGCUUCACGACAAGUUGGAGAGCAGCAAGCAUGAGAGGCGGAGAUACACAAAGGCCAUUGAAGAUGGAUUUGAAGACGUCGCAGAUUUAAUGCGGCGUUACCAGCUGAUGAUGGAAAGGAAGCAACAGGAUAUGAAACGUGUUGUUGCCCUCGCCGACAUCUGUGACGAGAAACAGAAACACCUGGAACUGCACACCUUGGAAUUGCAUCUCCACGACCUGCUGAAGGCAAGGAUAGAAGGCGAGGGGUGUUUGGCGGACUUGGCCGUCAAAUGGGCUGGAUUACAAGUCGUAUUAAUACCUGGGCAUGGCUACCGCAUAUGCCUGACACUGCUGGACCCACGCCAGCCUCAGCGCUGCUGCAGCCUUCUGCUGGGGCUUGACAGUGAGGGCAAAUACAGAGUGUCCGAGUGCGAGCCCGGCCUGGCCAGCUUGGAUGGACUUCUGAAAGAGCUGAGACGAACCUGCAACCUGUUACACUUUGUGCGUCAUGUGCGACAGCAGUUCAAGAACCUGUUGCUUGCACAUCCAGUGGAGCCCUCUGCAGAGCUAGCACAGAUUGUUGAUGAGCACCAAGAAGCUGUGGCCAAGUCUGUGUUCAACUCGAGGAAAGGCUCCGGACCAAGCUCCUGGACAUAGCUGGCAGGAAAGACACCCCAGUGGCCAUCUUUCUCACCAUGCCACCAGCCAUCUUCGGCACGGCUAUGCACUGUCACCAGGUCACCUGCAUGCACACACACACUACAUUUAGCUGCAGCCAGAAAGCGUGCAAGUUUUCCAUUAUCAGGUCAGCUGAAAUGGUCACAGUGGUGCUCACAGAAUGGCUUGCCCUUACCCUGUGCACAAACUUCAAGACUGUGUGAAAUGACACUGGCUUUGACAGGACAGCAGCAGGUGUACAUAUGGUGUUUAUACUAACACUAACAGUACUUGUGCCAUUCAUGAAUGAAUAAAGCAUUUUAUUUCA